AUGGCCGAGACCAAAGAGAAAAAGGCUCUAGAGAGCUCGGUGUUAGACCAAGACUCGAGCGCCCCGAGUAUUCACGACGGUGGAAUCUUGUCCGAGGAAGCCGAGCGAGAAAAGCAUGAAGUAUUCAAAAAGACCGAGGGCGGCGUUGAUUUUCGUACCGUCACCUGGCAAAGGGCGUGUUUGAUCUUUCUCAAGAUCCAGAUCUCCACCGGAAUCUUGGGUAUUCCGGGAGCGCUGUACAGCCUUGGGGCCAUUGGCGGAGGACUCUCCAUUAUUGGAUGGCAGAUUUUAAACACUUGGACGGCCAUAUUAAUGGCCGAGUUCCGCAAUAGACACCCAGAAUGUCACACACUCGUCGACAUGUGCGGUAAACUGUGGGGCAGCAUCGGCAAGGAGUUUGUCGGCGUCAUGUUCAUCGUCGCGUACGUCUUUUGCACGGGCUCGGGCAUCCUGGGGACCUCGAUCGCCUUUAAUGCCCUGUCCGAACACGGCGCAUGCUCGGUGGCCUUUAGCUUUGCCGCCACCGUCCUGGUCAUUGCCGUCUCCAGUAUCCGCACCUGGGGCAAGAUGACGUGGCCGCUGACCGCGGGCUUUGUCUCCGUCAUGGCCGGUGUCCUUACCGUGACCAUCGGUGUCACCUUUCGCGACCGCCCGGCAGCUGCCCCGGCCACGGGCGACUAUGAGCUCGGAUGGUACGGCAUCGCAUACCCGACGUUUGCUGCUGGCAUGACUGCCACUGCGACCAUUUUCAUUUCCAGCUCUGGCGGUCCGGGUUACCUGCCGGUUAUUGCUGAAAUGAAAAAGCCCAAGGACUACAAAAAGGCCGUCAUCAUUGUCAACAUCAUUGUCGGCGCCGUCUAUCUUUCCGUCUCCGAGGUCAUUUACCGGUGGUGUGGCGCAUGGGUCGCCUCUCCUUCACUUGGCAGUGCUGGACCAUUGCUGAAAAAGGUUGCCUUUGGCCUGGCAUUGCCUAGUCUGAUUAUUUCCGCGGCUCUGUUUAACCAUACCGGGGCCAAGUAUGUUUUUGUGAGGAUCCUCCGCGACUCACCUCACCUGCAAACCAACAGUUUCGUCCACUGGGGCACCUGGCUGGGCGUGAAUUUCGUGCUCGGCAUCCUGUCGUGGGUCCUGGCCGAAGCGAUUCCCAUCUUCAACUACCUGAUCGCCCUUGCCGGGUCCAUUUGUUUCGCGCCUAUGAGCUUGAUCUUCCCUGCUUGCUUUUGGAUUUACGACUACGGCUAUUAUCGGAAAUCUGGAAAGCCCAGGCAGGUUGCUUUUUACUAUUUCCACAUUCUUAUCAUCCUGAUUGGAACUCUCCUGCUCAUUGGAGGAACAUACGGCACUGCCUUGUCCAUCAAGGAUGCUUAUGAGACUGGGGCCAUUGGAGGUGCCUUCAGCUGUGCUGACAACUCCGGGACAGUAGCUUAG